AUGGUCCAACAAGGAAGUUGGUGGACAGCUUGGGAGCUUGCAUCUGGAUGGGGUUAUUGUAAUUUGGAUCCAAACCCUGGUGCUGCUUAUUCAUUUUCUGAACAAUGGACAAUCGGUUAUAGUAUUGCUGUCGACAUGGGAAUCGAAAUAGAAGAAAUUAUUACCUUAGGUUUAGGGUUGGGUGUGUCUCUUGAGAAGUCUAUUUCAAAAAGUACAAGUAUUUCAUGUCCCUGCUCUGGACCCGAUCCAGUAUGCGUAUGGGAACAAAGUAAGAUGAAUUGGUCAGAUUCUCAAGUUCAAACAUGUACAAGAUUUUCCAAUUGCGAUGGUGGUUAUGUGACCUGUGGUGCUUGGUCAGCAUACCAGAGGACAAAUGCCCCUUAUAAGAGUGACUCCAAAUCAUUUAAUUUCGGUUGUUCCGCCGGAGUACAUGAUUGUACUGCCAAUAAUUGA